GUAAACUGUCAUAGAAUGUCACAAAAGAAAGAAAGAAGAACCAAAUCCAAGAAAUAAGAGACACAAUGUGAAGGAUUAUGCUCCAUCCUAGUGAACCCCUCAAGAAACCUAAACUUCAGAAUAUCAAGAGGAAGAAGAGGAAGAAGGCAAUAAGGAGAGUUGCUAUCAAGAAGGUUGAAGAGGUUGAAGAGAAACCUAAACAAGAUAAGGAAGCCAAAGGAAGGUCAGCUCUGAUGAUCCAGGCCUGGUGGCGUGGUACCCUGGUGCGGAGGACCCUACUGGCGGCUGCCCUCAGGGCCCUGAUUAUUCAGCGCUGGUGGAAGAUGAUAAAGUUCAAUCAGAAACAAGAACUGAAGCAAUGGAUCCUGGACAUCUAUGUCAUACAGGAACAGGCAGCAGUCAAGCUCCAGUCCUGGUUUCGCAUGUGGCGGUGCCAUCACCGCUACUGCCGAAUGUGCAAUGCUGUCUGCCUUUUCCAGGCCCCAAGCAGGGAGCACUUAGCCUUCCCAAAUGCUGAGUAUUUACAGAUGCAGUUCCAAAGCACUUUCAACCCCGUGGAGUUCCACAUUGAAAUCCUAGCAAUCUAAAAGCACUACAAGCUAGAGAACCAUUGCCCCAAUAAAUGUCAGCUCAGGUUUUGUGUGACUCAGUGACUCACUCCUAUGGGACCCCAAAG